AUUAUAAUGAAAAAAAAAUUAAUUAAACUUAAAUUAACUUUAGAAGCUGGAAAAGCUACAUCUAAUCCUCCAGUAGGUCCUUUAUUAGGUCAAUACGGAAUAAAUAUUAAUUUAUUUUGUAAAGAAUAUAAUAAUAAAACACAAAAAUAUAUAGGAUUAAAAAUUCCAGUAAUUAUAAUAUUUUAUGAUCCUAAAAAAAUUAUUUUAAAUUUAAAAACACCUUCUUUAUCUUAUUUAAUUUUAAAUUUUAAAAAAAGUAAUUUUAUUAAUAUUAAUAAUAUUAAAAAAAUUUUAUAUAUAAAAAAAAAGGAAUUUUAUCCUAUUUCUAAUAAAAAAUAUUUAUAUAUGAUAAAGGGACCAUUAAAAUCUAUGAAUAUUAAUAUAAAAUAA